AUGCUGGAGAUCCAACAAGAAAAGCAAGAGUUGAAAAAAGAAAAAAUUGAAGAAGAGAAUAGCGAUAGCGAUAAAGAUAAUGAAGAAAUUGUUUCAUUUAGUAAAAAUCAACGUUGGCCACAAGACGAUGAACCGAAAUGUGUUAUGUGCGGACGUUAUGGAGCUUACAUAUGCGAUCAAACCGACGAGGAUGUUUGCAGCUUAGAAUGCAAGGCCAAGCAUUUACAUGAUAUUCAGCAUAAAGUAAGAAUAUCAUUGGAAGAACGGAAAAAGUUAAAAAUGGUAGUAGAGUAUUCUUACCAGGAGCAUGAACAAGUAGCUAACUUGCAGCUUAACCAAGUAGAGAAUUUACGUCAAGAGCUUGACAUAAAAAUAGAGGGUAACCAUUCACCAAAUCCAAUCUUUGAAUUUGAGCAUGUUUCGCUAGAUCCUAGAAUCAUGAAAAACUUGCAAGCAAAUGGCUAUAUUAGCAUGACGCCGGUUCAAAUGCAAGUUAUUCCAGCUGCUUUAAGCAAGAGAAAUUUACUUGUUUCUUCCCCAACAGGUUCUGGAAAAACUGGUUCAUUCCUUAUUCCAUUAAUCCACAUGACAUUUUUUGAGAAAGAUGACGAACAGGAACAGGCACCAAAAGUGUUAAUUUUAUCACCCACGAGAGAACUAUGCAUACAAAUUGAAGAUCAGUGUAAAGAAAUCAUGACAGGUCGGUUACCUAAUAUGAAAACUUGCUUAAUUGUUGGGGGCUUACCUUUACCACAGCAACUUUAUAGAUUAAAACAAGGAAUUCAGUUUGUAAUCGCGACACCAGGGCGAUUAAUCGAUAUUAUAUCAAAGCAUGAGAUUAAUUUUAGCAAGGUAAAGACUGUCGUUAUUGAUGAAGUUGAUGCUAUGAUGCAGUUGGGAUUUGAAAAGCAGGUUGAACAAAUAAUGCAAGUGAUUCCACGCGAUCACCAAACGUUAAUGUUCUCAGCUACUGUUACUGUAGGCGUGGAAAAGAUGACAUCCGUAAUGCUUUCUAAUCCUAUAAAAAUCUCUGUUGGAAAGCCCAAUUCAUUAAAUCCGUCAGUAAAACAUUUGGUAUUGUGGGUAGAAGAACAAUCUAAGAAGAAAAUGCUUUUUACUAUCAUUAACGAUGGAAAGCAUUUCCACCCACCUACAUUGAUCUUUGUUGCUUCAAAAAUAGGAGCUGAUUUUCUAGCUGAUGCUAUUAAUGCGAAAUGUCGUAUCCGCGCAGCUUCUUUGCAUGGGGAUAAGCCACAACAAGACAGAAUAAAUACUCUGAAGCUGUUCCUUGAAGGCAAGCAUCCUAUUCUAGUAACAACUGGAGUUGCAGGAAGAGGCAUCGAUUUGGAAUGUGUUAAGCAGGUCAUACAUUUUGAUUUACCGACAAACAUCCACGAGUAUAUUCAUCAGGUUGGUAGAACUGGCAGACUUCAUUCAUUGGGAUGGGCUAUUAGCUUGAUUAAUAACGACAGUAAAGAUAUCCUUUUACUAUAA